AUGAAUAACGACGAAUUGUUUAGAACAUUGUGCGCUAAUUUAGCCAAUAAAAUUGAUAAUAUUGCCGAACUGUCGAAUACAAAGAUGGAAGAAAUCAAAGUAGAAUUGAAAUCCGAAGACGAAAAAUCGAGUUGUGAUGAUAAUUUCAAAAUUAUACCCAUUAGUGAUGAAAAUAAUUCUAGUAAAACAGCAAAUUCACCAAUAAUAAUUCCUACCCGAGAGUGCACUUCAUCAUCGCAGGAGAAUAAUUCUAAUGAAACACGAGAUGAGCAAACUGCAGAGGAAAGCAGAUCAGAUGAAAGCCAUGUUUUAUACCAAGAAAGAUACGAUCGUUUCCAAGAAUUCAAAAAAAUAGAAAAAUCACUUUGUUCUGAUCUCGGUAUGUCAACAAAAUACCACAAAUACGAAAUUUUAUCUCCGAAGAAAAUGGAAAAAUGUAGAAGAAAUUUGCAAAAAUUAUAUCUACUCAAAAAAAAACGUCAACUUCAUUAUUCGCAACUUAUAGACGAAAUAAAAACUUUACUCAGCGAGAUGGAAAUCUAUACUUGGUCUGAAUUUGAGAAAAGUGCUCUGAGUACCCAAUUUGCUGUAACUACGGAGAACCUUAACGCAUUACACGCUUGGAAACUCAGAUUACUCAAGCAAUUGGAAUUGGAGAAAAAUGCAGUCGAAGAAACCAAAUGUAAAAUUGCUGAUUUAUGGGAUAAGCUUUCCAUUGAUGUGAAAACCAGACAAGAUUUUCUAUCCAAUACUUUUACCAAACAAAGUCGUAAAUACGUUUUGAAUGAUCUUCAAAGGGAAGUCCAUCGUUGCCAAAAAUUAUGGAAACAGAAAAUUCGACACGAAGUUUUAAACAUGCGCAAAGAAAUCAUCGAUUUAUGGGUAGAAUGUCACUCCAGUCAAAAACAACGUGAACAAUUCGUAGCCUUCAACUCGGAGAUUUUCGAUGAAGAUCUAAUGAUUGCCCAUGAACAAGAAAUCAAUCGAUUGAAACAACAAUACCAAGAAACCAUCGAACUGAACAAGUUGGCUUGUAAAUGGGUCGAAUUGCGAUCAAAAUUAACCGAGUUGGAGAUCAAUGCCAGAAGUUUCAAGAAAUUCACAAACAGAGGAGGCAGCUUAUUGAAGGGAGAAAAAGAACUGAAAAAAGAACAAAAAAACGUUGGAACUUUGGAAUCGAAGAUAAUUCAUUCAGCUGCAAACUAUAAAAACAAGAAUGGUAGCCAUUUUUACUUCAAUGGACGUCCUAUUUUGCAAUUAAUCGACGAACUGCGAAACAAUAACAUGAAAACGGAGAAGGAAAAUCGAGGCAAAUCCCAAACGAUGCCUUUGAAAAGGGCAAGUAUGCCCUCGAAAAAUCGAGAAAAUGUUUCUUUAUUAAGGAAUGCUCAAUCAAAAAGUUUCUCAAAACCUAAAUUUUCUAGUCUGGGGACUUUUGAGAAAUGCAGUUUGAAGAUCUGAUGGACAUAAUAUGUAGUAGAUAUAGUAUAAUGUAUCAUGGUUUUGUUUUAUUGUUGAUUUGAAUAUUUACCUAAUAUGAUUUAAUGUAAUGAUUUUUUUUUCAAAUCAAUGUAUAGCGUUGUAAUAAGACGUAUUGUGUACAUAUGUAUGGUAUAUCAUUAGCCAUUCCAUUAAUUAUUCCACGUAUUAUUUUAAAAUAGUCGAUUUCGA